AUGACUGACGCACCAUCAAGCAGCAGCACAACUCCCAAUAAUGCCACAACACACAGAAACCUCACAAUAAAACCAUUUAUCAUGCAGACAGACAGCAACGAUACAGCGGAAAAUUGGCAAAAAUAUAAGGAGGAAAUUGAGAGACAGUUUAGGUUCUUCGGUAUUAACGACCCUGAAACGAAAAAGGACGGACUACUGAUUUACGGUGGACAAGAUUUAAUCGAUAUUGGCGACGCGCUUCCCGAUCUGAACGGUACACUAGACGGGGACGCGUAUAAAUUGCUUAUCCGCAAAAUAGACAAUCAUUUUAUUCCUAAGAAAAACAAGACGCCUACUCAGGCAUUCACACUGACCUGAAAAUGAUGACAUGCGCGCUAUGGUGCAAUCUCGUUCCCUGAGCCUGCGGUCCUUGGGAAGGAAACGAAGGCUCUGGGAUAAUCCGUUUCAGGGAGGAAUCGGAUUGGCCGUUGAUAUGGAAUGUGCUUGCAGUUCAAUCUUAGACAGAAUUCCUGGCUUUCGGCAACGGAUUAUCCCAGAGCCUUCGUUUCCUUCCCGAGGAUCGCAGGCUCGGGGAACGAGAUUGGCUAUGGUGUAAUAGACAAGGCCACAAGGGAAUGGGAAGCAAGAGAGUUCGUAUAGAACAGUUUCAGCGGUAGAUACAAAAAAAAUACUAGCAUUCAACUACAUUCAGCUAACAGUACUAACUUUUUUCCAAAUUUACUAACAUUCAGCUAACAUUCAGCUAAUAUUACUAACUUGUAGAUAACAGUCUAACAUUCCUCUAACAUUAAAAUUUCAGCCGUCAAACGGAACCACACAAAAAGCUUCUGUAGCUAACAUUUCUCUAACAUUAAAAUUUCAGCCGUGAAACGGAUGCACACAAAAAGCUGUAAUUGUGUAGAUUAAAAAUUCAGUUGUGAAACGGAUGCACACAUAAAGAUUCUGUAGGCGUGUUAAUAUGUUAUUUUUAUUAUUUUUUUAUUAUUUAAUAUAUUCGCCCAAAUCAGUUUAUAAAAUUAACAAUUUAAAUAGAAAAUAUUUACAAUAGUAGGCCGGCUAGGAACCUUCUAGAAACCAUAAGGCUUUUGUUUAAGGUCCCUAGUUACAAUUCAAAUAAUGAUUAUUAAAAGUUAAUACCAGUCCAAUUGUUUUCAAAGGAAUUACGGUAAUAUAUUUACAAUAAGGAAAGUGCAUGCGUAAAAGAUAUAUCAGACUAUAACAACUAUUUGGCUUUUCACUUUGUGCCAAGAAUUCUACUUAUUUAAAUUUGACAGAAGAAAAUAUACUUUCAUUGUAGAUUUAAAUAUUGGAAGAGAUCUAAUUUGCUUAUAUUGCGUCGGAAGACUAUUCCACACAUCGAUGCCGUUAAUACCGAGCUGUGUUUUUUAUAAUUUGUUCUAGUACAACUUUUGUGGAGCAAUGAUGCGUUUCUUGUGUUAUAAUUAUGGAUUUCUUUGUUAGUUAAAAAAUAUUUAUCAAAAAUUUGUGGAAGAUUUUGUAGAUGAAAAUAUCGGAACAUAAAUAGACUUGUUAAGAAAUCAUUCAAUUUAUACAAGUUUAGUAUUUUAAAGGACAUUGGCAACCAAAAUUUUUAUUACUUAUAUCUAUUAGGUAUACUAACGGAAUAUUUAAUUUCAUAUUUUGGCCGGUUUGUCGCGUUUAGUUGCUGAGAAAAUUUGAUUGAAUUUCAGAAAAUUUGAACAGUUUUCCGCCAUUUUGAAAAUAAGCGCGUAUGCUAGUUUAUGCCACAAAAUACAUUAUCUGACGUCAUUGGCUGGGUAAACACAAUCUCAUGACUAUAAACAAUACCGUGUAUUACCACGCGUAGUGCAUUUUGAGGCAAAACAAAAGGCAGAAAAGUUUUACCAAGUAUGUAACUUGUUUGUAACACUAUUUCUCAUGUAUAUAUCCGAGAAAAAAGCGCAGAAAUUCGAGUGUAAAACGGCAAAUACUAAUGCAAUAUUUUAUGAUUAAUUAUCUGCAUUGUAAAUUGCGCCAUUUCUUGCUUUCCCAGUCGCUCGAUAUGUUUUUAUCUGAUAGUGUAGACUUCUCUUGUUUGAUUGCGAAGAGUGUUGGCCAGUAUAACGCUCAAAACGACAUAGUUUUAGCUAACAUAACACGCACGCAAUAGAAUUCUCUCUUGUAGUUUUGGUGCUACCCACCCAAUGACGUCACAAAGUUCAUUGACCUUCGAGAUAAUUUUUCAAAAAUAUUUUCCAAGAUGGCGGCGAAACUGACCGAAACACAAAGUUUGCAUGCAUUUUACUCGUAGACUAAAAUGUUCAAGAAGGAAAUGAUAAUAUUUUCAUAGUUCGGUUGUCAAGUAGGAUUGAAAUAGCCAAUAAAAAUUUUCGUUGCCAAUGUCCUUUAAGGUCAUUAAAAAUUGGUCCAGUAUGGUCAAAAUAGGAUUUGAAGGUCAUUAAUCUUACUAUCUUUUUCUGGAUAUUUACUUGCCCUUCUUUAUAUUGUAUUGUGAACUAAAUGAUAUUGUAUUAAUAGGCAAAUGAGAACCAUACAAUAAAUCAAAAUAAACUGUCGAACCUUUAACUUGUCCUUGCUUAUAUUCCACUAUAUUGUACAAAUUCGCGUCGGGUCCAAAUUUUGGGGUUUUCGAGUCGUUUAAUACAACAUAUUGAUUGUAUAAAUCCGGCGGGUCGGUCAAAUUUUGGAAGCCAAAUUUUAGAGUCAUUUAAUACAAAAAGAAAAACAUUAAUUCAACACGCAAGAAAGUCCAGAGUGCGACAAAAAAUGAACACAACUACACCACGGAUGUUUAUGACUCUACGACGUAUAUUUAUAGACAGUUGUUUAUUAGUUAAAAAGUCAAACUGUCAAACCUUUAUAACUUGUCCUUUGUAAAAUUCGCUGGGUCCAAAUUUUGGGGUUUUCAAGUCGUUACACGAAGAAAAACAUAUUAAUUCAACACGCAAGAAACGUAAAAUCCAUAAGAAACCGGCACAACUCUUUGAAAAUUCAACGAAACUGUGUGAAAUAUAAUAUUCCGAUCACUCAGCCAAAAGGCGCCAUUUUGAAACUGGACUGAAUAUGUCACCAUUGGAGUUCGGAAUUGUGCGCGUCGUAUAAGUCCAUAUAAGUCUAUGCACCACAAGCAUGGCAUAAGCCGGCUAGUACGUAGAUAAACACAAACUUCUUACUAUUAUACAUGAAUCGUGGAGUCAAAGAAUCGAUGGCAUUUUGGAUUAAUCGUUGCACCCUGAGCCUGCGAUGCGCGAACGCAAACUCGAUUUCUCGACGACGAAACAAACAGAAGAAAACAGAAAACUAGGGAUUUAAGACACUUGACCUUUCAGGUCAGUGUAACAAGGACUUUGCUCGAUUUCAACUCAGCGAAUUGAAACAACAAAGCUCCGAAAGACUUGCUGAAUAUUACGCCAAGAUACGAAACAUUGCAGAAAUGUGAAUACGCAGAUCAUGAAGACGAUGCUAUACGGACUAUACGUGAUCAUUUGAUACGAACAAUGCUCAAUCACAAAAUUCGAAACAAAGCUGUACGCGAAAACUGGGCAUUCGAUAGAAUCCUAACAGAGACAACUAACGACGAGCAAACUACAGAGCAAGCUGACGCUAUUAACAAGAAAAUCAACGAAGAAACCGCACACGAAAGAAUAAAGAAACUGGCUUUAAGAAAACCUACACGACACUCAACUACAGAUGACGCAUGUGGACGCUGCGGGAAUUCAAAGAAACACACCACUUGCCCUGCUAUUGGUGUUUCGUGUGAUACCUUUGGAAAGAAAAACCACUACGCGCGAGUUUGUUUUGGAAAAACUAAACACAAUAUAGAUAAUCGUAACCAGAUACAACGCCUUGGUAGUAAUAGAUAUCGUUCAGAUUCGAAGAACAUUCGAGAUAAACGAGAUUAUCGCGGUGAUGACAAGCGCGAGAUGAGCCAAACCAGACGCACAAGAGACGUUGGUGAUAACUGUAGUGACGACAGCUCAAGUGACGACGAACGGUUCAUGAAUCACUUCAAAACACACCACACAAGCCAAGAUAACGCUGACAAAUGGAAAACAUGCACAAUCCAAAUAAACGGAAUAAAUAUCGUAGCUGAACCGGACAGUGGAUCGGAUACGAACAUUAUGGACGAAAGCCAAUUCGCGCACCUUCGAGAACAAGCACCGGAACGAAGAUUAAAAAUACGAAGAUCAUACUUAAAGCUCUUAAAGAGGAAUUACCGGUAA